UUUCAGGCUGGUACAGCUUGAAAGGACAUGGCAUCUACAGCUGUGAUGCAUGCUUCACAUGCCAAUGGUACAACAGCACACAAGUAUUUCCUUCUAUGAAUGCUCUUAGCUGUACUUUGGAUGGCGUAUGGCUAUAACAUGUUCCUCAUGGAAUAGAAAAGCACUUUUAAGGGUUGUGCAAAGAUGGAGAGCGACUUGUAAUUCACGGGCACUUUGGCAGUAAUCCUGAAGACGGAAAACAAUAAACCAUGGGUCAAUGAGUUUGAAUCAAUCGAGCUGUCUUGCAUGAUAGAGUCCAUCGCCACUCGAGAACCCAGAAUAGAAUGGAAGAAGAUUAAGAACGGAGAGCCCAGCUAUGUAUAUUUUAAUAAUGAAAUAGCAGGGGACUUGGAGAGAAGAGCACGUAUUCGACAACCUGCAUCUUUAGUGAUUUUAAAUGCGACAAGGGCCGACACCGCAGAUUACCGGUGUGAGGUCUCUGCCCCCAAUGACCAAAAAUCCUUCGAUGAGAUUCUGAUAUCACUUGUUGUAAGAGUGAAGCCCGUAGUGCCCAGAUGCUCAGUACCCAAGUCGGUGCCGGUGGGCAAAUCUGCAGAGCUGCACUGCGAGGAGGAUGACGGUUUCCCUAAAUCCCAUUACCAGUGGUUCCGCAACAAGGAGGAAGUCCCGUCUGACCCCAAAAGCAGCCCAAAGUUCUUCAACUCAAGCUACACCCUGAACCGAGAGAAGGGAACUCUGACAUUCAGUGUCGUCAGAAAGGAGGACGCCGGGGAGUAUUAUUGCAGAGCCAAAAAUGAGGCUGGGUUCUCUGAAUGUGCGCCACAGAAGAUGGAAGUUUAUGACAUAAACAUCGCUGGAAUCGUCUUGGGUGUACUGGUUGUGGUGGUUGUACUUUUGUGUAUAACAGUAGGCAUCUGCUGUGCCUACAAGCGAGGCUACUUCAGCAGCCAGAAGCAGACGGGAAACAAUUACAAAGCUCCAGCAAAAGGAGAUGGAGUGGACUAUGUGAGAACAGAGGAUGAGGGGGAUUUCCGGCACAAAUCCUCAUUUGUCAUCUGAGGGAUACAGAAUUACAUAGAAAGUUAUUGGCGAUAUACCUCGCAGACACAAAUCCCCACACAUAAAAGACAUGAAGGCUGACGCUACUACAGCACGUGCCUUUGCUUCACGGCACGUUUGCUACGACAUCAAUCGUAUUUUGCCAAAGGUGACAAAUAAAUCGCAAAUUUCUGAUCACUUUUUAAAGACACUAGAAGUUUCUUGUUUUCCCUUUGGUAGCUGUAGCGUCUUGUUAGUUGUAAAAUUUCGUUUUUAACUUUCUAAAACAUUUGUUUUGUACUAGCUAAAUUUGUCAAACUAUUUUUGAUGGAAUAUAUUUUAAAAUGCCUAUAGAAAAAUGGUUUACUUUUAUAAAUGUUUGUAAAAUACUAACUAACAUUUUUUUUUAACUUGUUCGGUUGUGAGAAAAUAAGCAACCACUUUUGUCACUUUGCAUCCUCAGUUUUAGUCAUUUAACAUCCCAAAAGACCAUUCGGCGUGUAGAUUUCUUUCAAAAGCAUAUCCAGCUACACCGACUCCAAUCAUAGGUCUUAUGUACUUACUAUACUGCUGGGAUUUUAAAAAGAGUGAUACGACGUUCCAUGUUUAUGUGUGUAGAUAGUCUUAGACUGCGAGUAUCACUGGAUAAACACCAGCAAAAAGCUGGAAAAUUUUAAAGACCAGUGCUGCGUAUCCUUUAUUUUAAGUGUCCUUCUAUGCUAACUGUUUAUCUUGUAUAUAGUGAAUAUACUGUUUAGGUUGUUUAUUAUCGUUGUUUUUUUUCUGUGUCUUUUCUUUUUCUUAUAUGAGUGAUAGACACUCUCCAUGUUACUUUUGAUUAUAACAGGGAUUAUUUGUGGGGUUUAACUGUACUGGUUGUAUAUAGAGCCACUGUGAGCUACACUGUGCUUUAGUUUAACAAAACAUUGGCAUUUCUGAAUGAGGCAAAUAUGACGCUCUUUCCAUGAUAAACAUUUGGUCUUGGUAGAGAGGGGAUCUGCCUUUUCUUUCAUAGCAGUGAUUAUGGACAUAUUUGACUAUUCGUGCAUAACCUUAACCUAUUUAAGGUGUUAAGAGUACAAUCAUAGCUGAACUCAGUGAUAUAGUUAUUGUAUUUUCUUUAACCUGCCAUGUACUCAGCUAACUUUUGUAAAGAACCAUGAAUCAUUCCUCUUAAGUGCCUUCCUCUGCAGUAAAAUCAUGUAAUCCACGAAAUUGCCGUGAAAUUGUUGGAUUACUGCAGUACAGUAACCACACAUGCUUUUAACACUAUAGCACCACAAUGCUAUUAAAACUCUGUGAUGUCAUUGAAAGCAGAAAAUUUUCUUAUUGACAUUUAUGUUUUCAAUCCUUAAAUGCUGCAGCUGUUCAUAAAUCUAAUUCAUAUUUAUUGCAAUCAAAUUAAGUCAAUAUUAAAAAAUAAAACAGGUGUUUGAGAGGAAUGAUAACAUUCACCCCCUGUUUGACACAUUUUAUACGCAUAUCUCAUAUGAAAUAAUCUCUUUUCUUUGUAAAUAGACCUAUUGUUGUGCAUUCAUUUGCAGAAGUAGAUAUUCCAUUAUGUAUUAGUGCCUAAAUGUAGUGUGAAGGAGAAAAAAGUUUCAUGCUAUACCCAUAACUGAUUUUAGGAAGUUAGAAAGCGAGGUACUUCAAUAUAUAAAUCCGGAGUCUGAUUUAAUCCUGUAUCUCAAAAAAAUCACUGGUGUACUGUGAGGGGAACAAGAAAAUGAAGUAAUUGUUUUGUUAGGGUGUACAAAAAAGCAGGGAGAGCUGUACCAAAUACUGACUGCCAAAAGAUCCUUUUCUCCAUUUCCACUAUUAUUCUGCUCCUCAGUUAUUUUUUGUUUGUUACUCCUGAGAAAGAUUUUUGGAGGCUGGGUGCAGAUGUUUUCAAUUAUUUUAGUUUCUUUGGAGUUUGUGAUUGUUUUGGAGACUCUAUUGAGUUUUAAAUGAAACAUAUUUCAUUCACAUCAAUUCAUGUAAAGUCCCAUCGCUUUGGGACCGGUACAAAUCCUGUGUGAAAUCUUGAACAGUACGUUUGUGAUUAAUAAAACUCUUUUCUUAAA